GAAGUCAUAAUGGCUUUUAUUUUAGCAGUAGUGACGGGUGCGCGCGCUGCGGUUACCCUCGAGCGCAUCCGGCAUCAUGUCGGCAUCUGAGCGCGCACUCGAGAGCCCAUCAGAUGGGAGCUCUCCUCCAUCCAAACAAGAAGUGGAGCCGAUUCCUCCUGUAAAGGGAAAACAGACUGAAAACAUGACGGGGCGUCAGGAUGAGGGACGUCCCACCACGUCCACUAAAGCAUUCUUAGGCAGUGCUGGUAAAAGCUCUUCUCCCUCCACCUCGUCUCUCUCGUCUCCUUCGUCAUCAGCGUCCGGCAGAGCUAAAAUGAGCGUGUGCGGUCCGAGCAGUAAGACGACUCCGUCCUCCUCCUCCUCCCUCGUCCUCCUCCUCUUCAUCAUCCUCGUCCUCCUCAGCUCUGCCUUCGGCCGGUCCUCCUGCUAAAGUCCACCGCGCACGCAAGACCAUGAACAGACCGCCCUUCCCACAGAUAAAGUCUGUCGAGUCGAUCGCAGCAGCUACGGCUGAGAAACCCGCCGGCGGCUCCAAAACAGACGCUGACGCAGUUGUGAAGAAGCGUAAAGUGGGGUUGGAGCCUGAUGUCUCGGCCAAUCCUGAAGGAACCCCAGAGAA